CGGCUGUACGAGCAUGGCCAGCCCGCCUCCUGCAGAGCCCGCACCCAAGCGCCAAAAGGUCGCAGACCCCGACCUCCCCUUCCACCCGUCCCUCCUCGACCCCUCCAACGUCGACCGCCUGCGACAAGCUCACCACGACAGCACCCCGUACAAGCACGCCGUCAUCAACAAGCUCUUCACAGACGACUUUAUCAAACGCGCCCGCAACGAAAUCACCACCCAGCUCAGCUUCCGCGAAAAGGAGACCGACAUCUGUCAGAUCAACCAGACGGGCGACCUCAGCAACCUGUCGGGCCUGCCCGCCGAAGAGCUCGCCGUCCUCCCGACCCUCCUCGAGCUGCGCGACGCCAUCUACAGCAAGCAGUUCCGCACCUUCCUCCAGGACGUCACCGGCUGCGGCCCCCUGAGCGGCACCAAGACCGACAUGUCAUGCGCCGAGUACACCGAGGGUUGCUACCUGUUGAACCACGACGACGUGAUCGGAACGAGGCGCAUCAGCUUCAUCCUCUACCUCGUCCUCGACGAGCCUGCGUGGCAACCCGAGUGGGGCGGCGCCCUCGAGCUGUACCCGGUCCUCGAGGCCGACGACGAGAACCCGGACCGCCCCAACGUCCCCGUCGCCAAGCCGUCCGUCGUCAUUCCGCCCUCGUUCAACCAGAUGGUAUUCUUCGAGGUGCAGCCGGGCCACUCGUUCCACUCGGUCGAGGAGGUCGUCGUCGAGGGCGACAAGCAGAAGGGCGGCGUCGGCGCACGCGUCAGCUUGAGCGGCUGGUUCCACAAGCCGGUCGAGGGCGAGGAGGGCUUCGAGGGCAGCGAGGGGUUCCAGGCCAAGAGCAGCUUGCAGCAACUCCGACGACCGCAGUACGCGACGACCCUCUCGGCCGCCACGCCUUACGCCUCUCCCCUCCCCCUUCCCUUGCCGACCAUGCCCUCGCCCGCCGACGUCGCCUACCUCACGCCGCUCAUCAACCCGGCCUACCUCACGCCCAAGGUCGUCUCGCACCUGCGUACCUCGUUCUGCGAAUCGUCGCACCUCGUCCUCGCCGACUUUCUGCACCCGACGCUCGCCGGCGAGCUCGAGCGCCUCAUCCGCGAGCGCGACGCCGACAUGGAGCGAGGUCGGCGCGCCGCCGUCGUCGGCGGCAGCACGACCAACAAGGUGCCGCCGCACGACGCGGGCGAGGACGCCGAGCAGGGCUGGAAGGUCGUCGGCCCGCCGCACCUGCAGCGCUUCGUGUCGCUCGCCGCCGACCGCACGUCGCGCACGUCGAAGCCGGACCGGCUCUCGGACCUCCUCCUCCAGGUCCACGACCUGUUCACCUCGUCGGCGUUCGCGGCCCUCCUCGCGAGCCUCACGUCGCUCCUCCCGACGGCGUACACGACCGCCGUGCGCCGGUUCCGCCCCGGGCUCGACUACACGCUCGCGCGCGGCGAGGCCGCCGCCGACGAGGGCGCGAGCGCAAAGCUCGACGUCGGCCUCGGCCUCACGCCGAGGUGCGACGACGAGGCGGACCGUGCGCUGUGGGAGGCCGGCGACGUCGGCGCGUGGGACAUCUGGCUCGCCAACGAGGAGGGCGGCGACGAGGCGACGUACGGCGGUGCUGGAGCCGAGAAGAAGGACGCGCCGGCGUCGGGAGAGGGCGAGGCUGAGGAGCAGCAGGAGCAGGAGCCAGAGGAGGAGGACGACGACGGCCCGCUCCUCGCGCUCGAGCCCGAGUGGAACCGCCUGCACCUCGUCCUGCGCGACCCGGGCGUGCUCGCGUUCGUCAAGUACGUCUCGGCGCGUGCGCCGGCGAGCAGGUGGGACGUGGCGGGCGAGUGGGAGGUGCAGGGCGUCGAGGAGGACGAGGACGGCGAGGGCGACGAGCAGUAGAGCAAGGAGAACAACGCGAUAGAAUCUCUCUUGAGCGCAC